AUGGGCAAAUCCUGCCGGGCCUUGGCAGGCUGCGGUGCUGUGGAGCCUGGGGAGACAUUGGAGCGUGGAGAGGGUGAGCUCGGGAGCCAAGAGCAUGAAAACAGGAGUCCUGUGGUCACCUGCACCUCCAGAAAACUUGGGUUCCUCCCCAAGAGCCCUGCUGUGACUGACUGCCGGGUGGACAACAGCCCCGACCGCCCUCCUGUGCCAUGCGAGCGCGAGGGGAAUUCCCUGUCGGCAUCACCCGGGGAAUGGCCACCGCAGAGCAGCCCGUGUUUGCCUGGGCAGGGGUUAGAGCCAGUGGAUGGCAAAGCCAAGGUGAAGUCUCGCUGCGCGAGGUGGGAAGAGGAGCUGUACGCGUGCCAGCGAGGCUGCAGACUGUUUUCCAUUUGUCAGUUUGUGGACGAUGGCAUUGAUUUGAAUCGAACCAAACUGGAAUGCGACUCUGCCUGUACUGAAGCAUACUCCCAAUCUGAUGAACAAUAUGCUUGCCAUCUUGGAUGCCAGAACCAAUUGCCAUUUGCUGAGUUAAGGCAAGAGCAAUUAAUGUCCCUGAUGCCAAGAAUUCAUCUCCUCUUUCCUCUGACACUGGUGAGGUCAUUCUGGAGUGACAUGAUGGAUUCAGCUCAGAGCUUCAUAACAUCCUCAUGGACUUUCUACCUUCAAGCAGAUGAUGGCAAAAUUGUCAUAUUCCAGUCAAAGCCAGAAGUACAGUAUGUUCCACAGCUUGAUCAGGAAACUGGAGAUACAAGAGGAUCCUUGUGGCUGAGUAAGACAGCCUCGGACCUACGUCCAGGAAGUUCACAGACGUACCGAGGACUUUUUGAAGAGCGAGAAAAUGACAGCUUUUUCAAGUGUCUUUCCAUAAAUUCCAGUUGGAUUUUAACCACUACGCUUGUCCUGUCAGUGUUGGUGCUGCUCUGGAUUUGUUGCGCAACUGUAGCUACAGCUGUAGAGCAAUAUGUUCCAUCUGAGAAGCUGAGCAUCUAUGGAGAUUUGGAAUACAUGAAUGAACAAAAACUGAACAGAUACCCAUCCUCUGCACUUGUUGUGGUUAGAUGCAAGACUGAGGAGCAUGAAGAAGCAGGACCUCUUCCUACAAAAGUCAAUCUGGCUCAAUCAGCAAUUUAAAUAAGUCUCCAUUGGAUCCAAUAGACUAAUUCUAACAGAGCUAGGAACUCCUGAUUGUUUGUGGUGGUUCUUCAGACAAGAAGCUUAGCAGCCAGUCUUUAAAUGCAAAUAAAGUUACAGAAUCAACAAAUGUCAUGGGAUUUUGUUUUCAACUAGUAGUGAACAUUCAGACAUCUUGAAUUUAUGUUUUUUCCAGGCAUAAUCACUUCUCACUGGUGUUUGCUAUGUGUCCUUUUGCUUACAGAAGCGGUAAGCAGGCUUUCCAUUCUUCUGCCUUGACACUUUCAAACUUAUCUGGGUGUUCUAGGAUGUAAUGUGUACAUUCAGAGUUAGCUUUGUAAAGGUAUAAGAAAUUUUAAGUAGGCAAGAGAUGCCUUUUUAGUGUUGCACUUUCUGUUGUAGUUAAGAGAAAAUAUUAUAAAAUUAUCUGCUGAAUUUUUGUACUUGUUAAUGUCCAUGCACAAAGAACCCGUGUCUCCAAAAACAGAAAUAUAUUUUUUCUACAGUGUGGCGGUAUCCGAGGUGGAAAGCGUCUGUGAGGUGCUGUAGGCUAUAACUCCGUUUGUGAAAGAUGGAAACUUUGUGACAACUUAGGGACCUACCCCUUCACACACAUGACAUAACAUGGUCAAUUAUUUUGUCAGACUUUAGCCUUUGAGUCUUAAAUUGCUUGUAAAGUUAGCGCCUGUGUUUUCGGAAGAAAUUCUACUUUCUGUUCUUGAUUGACUGUUCUAGUCUUGUAACUUCAUUUACAGAAACAAGUUGAUUCCUGGGAGAUGAGAACAGACAAAUAAAAUUGACUGUACAGAAAAUGUUGACUA